UGCCGCGUGCGGCCCGGGAACCCUGGGCUGCUGGCGCCUGCGCAGAGCACUCUGUCCCAGGCAAAGGCUCGGGCAAAAGGCGGCUGAGCUUGGCAGAGUGAAAUACUGCUGCUGAGGGAACGUAGCGGGGCACACGUCUCGCUUCUCUGCGCCCGGGCGCCCCGUUUCUCGCCAUCACCUACUUACUUCCUGCUUGCAGCCUCGCUCCCUCUGGGACUUUUGCACAGGGAGCUCUAGCUCGGCUAUCCUGCAGCGCUGCGGAGCCGGCAGCCGGUGCACUGCAGAGAUCCGAGCCUCCUUGCCGCCUUCUAGGCAGAGAGCUACCGCAGGCUGCUUCUCCAUUCCCUGCCCUCCAACACUCUUCUCUGCUCUUCCCAUGCGAAGCAGAGCUCCGUGUCCUCCGCGUCCUAGCCUUCCUCAGGACUGCAGUCCGGCCGCCUCAAGACCUUGCUGCAGAGCAUCUCAGAGCCUGAGUGUCAGCCGCGGGGUCCACUCCCCGCCCUCAGCCAGUGCCCGGGGGGCGCCAGCGACCAUCGCAACCUCCAGUCUGUGUCCAGGCCCAGUGUGAAUGACCGCUGUCGGCCGGUGAAGCCAUGACGACCCUGGACUCCAACAAUAACACAGGUGGCGUCAUCACCUACAUUGGGUCCAGCGGCUCUUCCCCGAGCCGUACCAGCCCUGAAUCCCUCUACAGCGACAGCUCCAACGGCAGCUUCCAGUCCCUGCCCCACGGCUGCCCCACGUACUUGCCACCAUCACCCACGGGCUCCCUCACGCAGGACCCGGCUCGCUCCUUUGGGAGCAUUCCAGCCAACCUGAGUGAUGAUGGCUCCCCUUCUUCUUCCUCAUCCUCUUCCUCCUCCACCUCCUCUUCAUCUUCCUUCUAUAAUGGGAGUCCCUCAGGGAGCCUACAAGUGGCCAUGGAGGACAGCAGCCGAGUGUCCCCUAGCAAAAGCACCAGCAACAUCACCAAGCUCAAUGGUAUGGUGCUGCUGUGUAAAGUGUGUGGGGAUGUCGCCUCGGGCUUCCACUAUGGAGUACAUGCCUGCGAGGGCUGCAAGGGCUUUUUCCGUCGGAGUAUCCAGCAGAAUAUCCAGUACAAGCGGUGUCUGAAAAACGAGAACUGCUCCAUCGUCCGCAUCAACCGCAACCGGUGCCAGCAGUGUCGCUUCAAGAAGUGUCUCUCCGUGGGCAUGUCCCGAGACGCCGUGCGUUUUGGGCGUAUCCCCAAACGAGAAAAGCAGAGGAUGCUUGCUGAGAUGCAGAGUGCCAUGAACUUGGCCAACAACCAGCUGAGCAGCCAGUGUCCGCUGGAGAACUCUCCCAUCCAGCACCCCACCCCAGGCCCCAUGGGCCCCUCGCCACCUCCUCCUGCUGCAGUGCCCUCACCCCUGGUGGGCUUCUCCCAGUUCCCGCAACAGCUGACGCCACCCAGAUCUCCAAGCCCUGAGCCUACUGUGGAGGAUGUCAUAUCCCAGGUGGCCCGGGCCCACCGAGAGAUCUUCACCUAUGCCCAUGACAAACUGGGCACAUCACCUGGCAACUUUAAUGCCAACCAGGCAGUGGGGAGUCCUCCAGCCACCACCCCACAUCGCUGGGAAAAUCAGGGCUGCCCACCUGCCCCCAAUGACAACAAUGCCUUGGCUGCCCAGCGUCAUAAUGAGGUCCUCAAUGGUCUACGCCAGACCCCUUCCUCCUACCCUCCCACCUGGCCCCCCGGCCCUGCCCACCACAGCUGCCACCAGACCAACAGCAACGGGCACCGUCUAUGCCCCACCCAUAUGUAUGCAGCCCCAGAAGGAGAGGCACCUGCCAAUAGUCCACGGCAAGGCAACUCUAAGAAUGUUCUGCUGGUGAGGGCAUGGGGUGGUGAGGAGGGCAGGGGGCGGGGAAGAAUGAACUUGGCCUAGGACAGCUGGGGGUGCCUAGAGGCUGAGUGUGGGGUAACUCUCUUCCCAGGAGAGGAUUCCUGACCUGCAGUCCAAGGCUUGGUCUGAGAAUCCUUCAUCUCCACCUGGCACCUAAUUGCCACUUUGCCUACAACAUCCAUCCUCUGGGGUCAUAGUCCCCAGUGCAGGUGGAAUCUGGGGCACAGUCCUCCCUGGCUGGGAGAAUCUCCUGUGAGUGACACUGCCUGGCUGACACUCCCCUUCUUCCCCAGGCAUGCCCUAUGAACAUGUACCCGCACGGGCGCAGUGGCCGGACCGUGCAGGAG